AUGUUAACAAUAAAACGUUUAUAUCCUUCGACAUCAAUUAUUUGUUCAUGUCAAGCUAGACAAUUACUUACAAAGCAAAUUUCUUUUCAAUCAACAACUGUUUUAACAACAGAUAAGAAAGAGAAACAAGACAUUCAUUCAAAAUUUCCAUUACUUGAUACGAGAUUUAAUCAAUAUCAAAUAGCCUAUCGUUAUCGACGUAGUAUUGAACUCUUACGUGGUUAUCUUGUUUAUCGAUUAUUUUCAAUUAAUUUUCUUGUUAAUAAUCAAUCCAAAAUUGCUGAAUGGGGUCAACGUAUUCUUGGUACUCGACUAUUUCAAGAUGUUAUAAAACUGACAUCGUUUGGACAUUUUGUUGGCGGUGAAACUCCUCAAGAAAUUACACCUGUUAUUAAAAGUUUACUACAAUAUGGUGUCAAACCUAUUUUAGAUUAUAGUGUAGAAAGUGAUGAUACUGGUAAAUCAUUAUCGCCAGAUGAGAACGAUCGUAUGCACGAUCAUAAUACCAGUAAAUUUAUUGAAUGUAUCAAAACAUCACAUGAUGUUUGUGGAGUAAAUAAUUUAGUCGCAAUAAAAGUAACUGCUCUUAUAAGUCCAGGUGUACUUAAAAAGUUUAAUGCAUUAUUAAACUCUGUUGAAAAUCGUUCAUUAUUACCACCUUUAUUUGAAUUCAUUAAUCAAGAACAAAAAAAUGAGAAUAUGGUUAAACCAUUUCAACAAUCGAUCAAAUCGUAUUUAGCAGAAACUAAGAAUAAAAUAUCAACCAGCAUAACCCUUACAAAUGAUGAUUUAACUGAAAUUUAUAAUCUACUCAUCCGUUUAAAUCGAAUAGCUCAAACAUGUGUUGAACAGAAAAUUUCAAUUAUGGUUGAUGCUGAACAAACUUAUUUUCAAACUGCAAUUAAUUAUCUUGCAACUGAAUUACAACGAUAUUAUAAUAAAAAUAAUGAGACAUUUAUUUAUGGAACAUAUCAAUGUUAUUUAAAAGAAACAUUCGCUUCUGUAAAACAUGAUCUGGCUCAAGCUGAAAAAUAUAAUUAUAUAUUUGCUGCUAAACUUGUACGUGGUGCUUAUAUGGAACAAGAACGUCGUUUAGCACAACAAUAUGGAUAUGAAGAUCCGCUUAAUGAAAAUUUUGAAGCUACAUCAAAUAUGUAUCAUGUAUGUUUUGAUGAAGUAUUAAAAAGUAUUGCCAAACGUAGUUCUGGUCAAGUUCGAGUUAUGGUUGCUUCACAUAAUGAAGAUACUAUUCGAUAUGCUAUUCAAAAAAUGCAAGAUAAUAAUAUAAAUCGUGAUUCAUCAGUGAUUUCAUUUGCAUCACUCUAUGGAAUGAGUGAUUAUGUUGCUUUUGCAUUAGCCAAUUCUGGUUAUAAAACAUACAAAUAUUUACCAUAUGGACCAAUUGAAUCAUUACAACCGUAUUUAUUUCGACGGGCUCAAGAAAAUCGAGCAGUGUUUGAAAAAGCCAACAAAGAUCGACAUCUUCAUUUCAAAGCACUCAAAGAUCGAUUUUUACAUUUGAAAAUUUAA